AUGUCGCUCGCGAUGCGCGGCGCGCUCGCGGACUGCGCGCCGUCCACGGGGACGAUCGCGUGCACGGGCUCGCGAACUCGGCGCGUGGGUAGGUACGAGCGCGUCGCGCGAUGCGACGGUGGAUCGAACGCAUCGCGGGCGAAGACGCGCUCGAGGGCGAUCGCCGAUGGGUCGCUGUUGGCGUCGCCGAAGAGCACGCGGAGACGGCCGGAGGACAUCGUAAACGGAGAGGUGAGCGGGUACGAGGUAGAGCAGAGAGCGCUCGAGGCGUGCGCGGCGCGACAACUGGCGAACGUAAUGGCACCGAAGAUCUCGGUGCCGAGCGAGACGUUGGAUACGGCAUACGAGCGGUGCCGUGAGGUGACAGCGGAGUACGCGAAGACGUUUUACCUCGGCACAAAGUUGAUGACUCCGGAGAAGCAACGGGCAAUUUGGGCAAUUUAUGUUUGGUGCCGACGGACGGAUGAGUUAGUGGACGGACCGAACGCGUCACACAUCACGCCGGAGGCGCUCGAUAGAUGGGAAGAGCGCCUGGAGGGUAUCUUCGAGGGCAGACCCGUCGACGUGAUCGACGCGACUCUCUGCGACACCUUGGCGAGGUUCCCAGUCGACAUUCAACCAUUUAGGGACAUGAUCGACGGCAUGAGAAUGGAUCUCGUCAAGCCGCGAUACGAAACCUUCGAUGAACUCUACGAGUACUGCUAUCGAGUCGCCGGUACGGUCGGAUUGAUGUCCAUGCCCAUCAUGGGUUGCGACGAGAACUUCACCGGCGACGUCAAGAAGGUUUACAAGGCCGCAUUGGCACUUGGCUUGGCCAAUCAGUUGACAAACAUUCUGCGCGAUGUGGGAGAAGACGCCCGGGAGCGAAAUCGCAUUUACGUUCCGCUCGAGGACUUGAAGAAGUUCGGCAUCAGCGAGCAAGAGGUCUUGCGCGGCAUGUUCAGCCCGACCACUGGCAAGGUUGAUGACCGCUGGGUGGCGUUUAUGAAAUUUCAAAUCGAUCGUGCUCGCAAGGUCUUCAAAGACGCCGAAGAUGGCGUAAAUUGCUUGCACAAGGACGCCAGAUGGCCGGUUUGGAGCGCGCUCGACGUGUACAGGAGCAUUCUAGAUGCGAUAGAGGCCAACGGAUACGACAACUUCACGCAACGUGCAUAUGUACCGAAGGUUGACAAGUUCUUGAUGCUUCCGCAGAGUUACAUCAAGGCGCAAGAAGCCCGCACGUCGUAA